AGAUUUUUAGGGCACCUUUUCCAAAGCAAAAAGAUAUUAGACAGACAAGGGCUGAAAAAGAUGCUUUAUUGUUCUAAACAAAUAGUUCACUCCUUGUUCUUUGGAUGCCUGGCUUUUCUUGCUGUGACCUCUGUUGUGAACGCAGAAGGUCGUGUGUUUGUUUUAGACCCGAGGAGCUUGCAGGGCUUCGGGGAACCAGAGCAGGCGUGUGCCUCACAAAAUGCCCGCUUGGCGUCAGCGGAAGAGCUCCGUCAAGCCGUGGUGGAGUGCUUCUUCUCUCACUGCACCCGUGGGUGGCUCUAUGGCGGCACGGUGGGGACGACAGUUUGUAGGGUUGAGGGGAGUUCACUGAAGGCUGUUAACGUGAAGACAGAAAAUGCUACGGAGGACACUGCACACCUGAGUGCCUUCUGCAUGAAAGACAAAACUGUGACCUGUGGGGAUCCUCCAUCGUUCCCCAACGCUCGCCUGCAGGAUCACUCAGGGUUUGAGAUGGGAGACGAGCUGCUGUACACGUGCACGCCUGGUUACGUGAUGCCCAGCGGUCACUCUGCCUUCAGCCUGCUGUGUGACAGCUGCGGAGAGUGGUACGGGACCGUGCAGAUAUGUAUUAAAGGUGGAACUGAAACCCAUGUAGACUAUGAAGACAAGCUUGAAGAUUCCUAUGAAGAAACAGAUCGUGAUCGUGACAGUCAAGAAGACAUAUUCAGAGAUACUUCUCAAGAUGGGAAGGGGAUUCUGCAGCAGCAAGAAACAAAAUUUUGGGUCAAUGUAGAAGAGGAGCACCAGGAUGGCCAUGAAGUGCACGGUAUUGGAGUAAAGGUGAUUAAUAGCAGUAGAACCUUUGGAGGAACUGUGGAUGAAAUAGCAAUGAGAGAGGAAGAUGCUUUCACAGUCCAUCCCAGGUUUGAGCAGGACAGUACCAAGUUGGUCCGGACUGGUGCAGCUCCAGCCACAAAAGAGCCUUUUUCUCUUCUCUCCCAAAAACACAUGUUCUGGUUCCCCUCUGAGACUUUCCAGGAGGAGGUACUGCCCAUCUCCAGCAACUCAGUCACACAAGCAACACAGAGAGCUUCUGGUGCCCGGUCUGAGGAGAGCAAAGAACACGAGAGCCAAGAAAGGCUGGAAAGCACCGACUCUGUCGAUCAAGAUGAUCAUGAUGGUGAUGAUGAUGAUGAUAAGAAAGACAGAAAUAAAGAUCAAGAUGAUAAAAUAUAUGAGGAUCCUGGUGAUGACAGAGAUGAUAAUGAUAAUCAUGAUGACAACCUCCGUGAUGACCUGGACAUCCAUGAAGACGACCGUACCGAUGAUCACGAUGAUCACCAUGAUCAUGAUGAUCACGAUGAUCCUGACAGUCGCCAGGAAGAGGAUUUUGAUGACAAUGUGAAGCAACCGACUCGCUACGACAAUUCGGACAGAUCUGAUCGGAACAGAGACAACGAUGAUCAUGAUGACCAUUAUGACAUGGGCGAGCACGAAGACGGCAGUGAUCGCACCAAAGAAUACGAUGAUCGUGAUGAUGCGUAUGACGAUCACCCAAGUCAGGAGAAUCAUGAUGAUGAUCACAGGGACAAUGAUGGAGAACAUCCUGAUAAUUCAGAAGAACAUCCAACAAGUGACGAUCGUGAUGAUGGAGAGGAACAUUACGAUCACGAUGAAGAUGACAUUCACGAUGAUCGUGAUGACAAAGAUGAGGAGAGCUAUGACGAUCAUGAUAGUCAUGAAGACGAUGAUCAUCACCCACAUCUUAUCAUUUCUGUAGCCAAUGAGCGGUGGCCAAACAUCACCCAGAGGGAAGCAGGAAGUAAGAACUCUAAAGAUAAUACUUGGCUUGAUGGAUAUCCUGUCGAUCUAUUUGACACAGAAAAUAGUGAUUCCACAAAAGGGCAGAUGGGAACCAGAAUGGCAAAGACAACAGACAAACCCAACAAUGUGGAAGUACGUAAACGGGUUCCUCACAUCAGUUUGUCAGACGGAGAUGUAUCCUUCACUAUGGCACCUAAAUCCGACCAAGGGAGGGAGAAAAAGAACUGGCCUGGCUCCAGGACUCCAGCUACCUCAUCUGACCAUUCAGAGCUUUCAAACUCCCCCUCAAACUCCGACACCCUGGAUUACGCAACACAACAAGUUGCUCCCACCCACUCCUGGCUGGACGACCUCACCAAUCACCCCUUCCUCGAUCAUGGCCCAGCUCCCCCGGUGCAUGAUGGGAACACGUUUCCUGGAGUGAUAGAGGAACACACUGUGGACAAUCUGCCAGGUAUGAUGGGUGAGAUGGAAGGAGAGAAGAGGAAGACGAUCUGUGUGGGUGAGGACUGUCCUCCCCACCCUCCAAGCUCAACCAUCCAAGGGGCGAAGGUGGCAGCCAUCAUUGUGGCGGUGUGUGCCAUGGCCACCGCAGUCAUCAUCGGAGUUUGGUGUUACAGACGGAAACAGCAGAAAAGUUCGCUGUACGAGAUGAACGGAAAAGGUCAAAGCCAGAGCAGACAGGGUCAACAGAUAGAGAUGCAGCAGAAAGUGUAGGAAUGGAGAAUGAGGACGUUAAUGAAGAGCAGAGACAUUUAAAGAUAGAAGAAUUAAGAUAAACAAGAGGAACGAACUUCCCUACAUCAUGUUAGACACUACUGCAGGUGUGAACACUUUGGGUUUGAUAACAAGCUGCAUUUCUGCUUCAAUGAAAAAAGCCUUGCUGAAUUAGCUAUAAAUAUACCCUCAUAUUAUUACGUUAAAACUUCUGCAUGUAGCUGGAUGCAAACGGGCUGUGCCUAAAACAAAGAAAUUAGUAAAUACAGGGAAGCUAUUCCUCCAUGACUAUAUCAACUGGGACUUCCAACUUUAAAUGUUUUCAUCAUUUUAGUGAUGCUUGUUUGUAUUUCCUUGGGUUUCUGCUGUUUUUUAAACUGUUUUGAAUACCUUGAUACAUUGAUGUAAAUCAAGAAUGUCAACCCUUGGAAUCCAUUGUCAUAAAAGCUUUAGAUCUGUUGCAUCUUCAAUACGCCUAUUUACUUAAAUGCUUUUAACAGGUAUCUGCACAACUUGAUAAUAUUCUCCAGUUGUUUGAAUCAGGUGUGUUGUACAGGGUCAUGUAAAAACAUAAACCCCAACUAACAUGUGGCUAAAUCUCUCUUUGCUCCUUGAAGACAAGCUUUUUGUAGCCAUCAGCAAACUUCUGACCACUCUGUUGGGAGAGUUAAUUUAAACUGGUAGGUUUUCUGGCGUGGUGCACCAAUUUUCAACAGGAUUUAAGAUGAGGUUUUGCUUUGCUAACUCUACGCUAAUAAGAUUUAGCCAUUCCAAAACCAGUGUUUAUUUACAAUGGAGGUCAAUGUUUUGUUUGCACAAUGUGGACGGAAAGCAGCGUUUGAUAAUUAUUUAUUCCACAACAAACACCCAUCUGACCAAAACUAUCACUCUCAAAUGAGAGAUUGCCCUAUUUUACUGAGCUAUUCAUUUUUUUUAAGUUUAAAAUAUGCACUUUAUUCCAAGUUAUUUACCUAUAUAACAUGACUGUUAUGACUGGGCAGCAAAACAUAAUCCACCAGUCAUUUUACUUCAUUUCUUUGGGUUGCAUUACUCAUUUGGUAAUGCAAAACAAGUUACAGUAAUGCAGAUAUGCACAAUAAUGCAAAAAUAAUCAAAAAAGGACAAAAUAAGAGUGGUGCUGGGUCGGCUGGUGAAUUUGACCUCAGUUGGCCCCCCAAAUGAAACUCUGCUUAGGAACUGCUUUAAAUAUGGGCUGGGUCUGAUCAGCAUCACCGUUCACAGUGAAACCAGUUUUACUUUACCAUGAACUGAGAGGACGAUGGCAAAGAAAUUUUAAAAUGUUUCUGCUUUGAGAUGACAUGUGUUGUGAAAUGGCGCUAUGCAAACAAAUUGAAUGGAAUGGAAUGAAAUUGAAUUGAAUUUGAUUUUCAGCUGACCAAACAAAUGCCUUCUGCAGAAAGUUUUAUCGGGCAAAGUUUGAACUUUUUGGCCCAAAUGCAAAGACGUAUGUUUGGCAGAGUCAACGUAAUAACACUCAACCAAGUGUCAAGUAUGGUGGAGGCAGCAUCAUGCUGUGAGGUUUUUCUUUACUGCCAGAAGUACAAAAACUGAUCACGUCAGGUUUCCAGGCUGUUGGAAGACGACUCAGAGCGAAAUCAUGAAUGCAUUUAAAGUUUUCUCCUCCUUCGUGCAGAAAGACCUUAGGCUGGGAUUUGAACGCAGUACUAAUGUCCUGCAACACAAAUGAGAAAAUACAAUUUUGUGCAAACACUUCUCCUUCAUCCGAGUUCCUCCAUGUUUUGACUUAGCCCUUGAAAAAGACAUCAGUGAAGAUAUUAAUUCAUUUUUCUACCACUACAGGAAAAAAAAAACUGUCCCAGGUGAAUUAUGUGUAAUAUUAAAAAAGUAUGAACCCUGUCCCCUCAACACACAUACUCUAAAUACAAACUUCCUCUGAAAUCUUCCCUGGAGAAGAUAUCUGGAGAUGUGUUCAGUACAGGCUGGUUGAAAAUGACUAAGAUUGAUUAAUUUGGUCAAGUUAGCUAAAUGAGUACAACUGUGUUUAUGUGUGCACUGUAAAUGUGGCAUUUAGUUGUUCUUCUGUCUACCCUGUGACAAAUGCCAAAUAGAAGAUGUACUUUUAAAUGUUAACAUGUAAACACAUUUAAGUACUUAAAGGAGUUUAUAUAUACAAAUAUAUCAGUUUUUCUAGUUUGGUAAGCAAGUUAGCAUUUGAAACAGACAUUAUAUAUAAUUAGUGUAAAUGUUGUUAAUGAGGUGAGAUGCUUUGGCAUUGUUGUCUUGUGUAAUUCACUUUAGCUCCAUAAAAAUGAUGUUUAAACUGCUGUUAUUUCAGGAAUGCUGGUGAAGAAAAAGAGUAGUUGGAUCUGGCAGCUCUUUGUUUGCCUGAUUUACUUCCUAAACUUUGAAAAAAAAUCGAGGAGUUAUUUUCCACACUUUGAAGAUUGAAAGAUUAAAGCGAUGACAGGAUGGACAAGACAUUGAAUUUCUCUUCAUGUGAGUUUGUUUUAUCUGCACAUGUAUGGCAAAUAUUAUGCCUUCUUUAUAAAGAAAAAGAAUUUGUGUCAACUUGAGUCAAUAAUAUUAUUUUCUUAGUUUGUCAGGAAAGAAAAAAUAAUUUCACACUAUUUUUGGUAAACAAUUAUGAUUAUAGUCAUUAUUAAUUAACAAUAAAAGAAAAGCAUGAUGAUAAUAUUAGAAAUACAACAUUUCAAGUAAUUAUUUUGGUUAUAUAUGCAGUGACUAAAAACACUUUUAACGUUUCUGUUGAUCUCAAAGUGUAAAGAUUAGUCCAGAAGUACAUCUAAAGUUCACUGUGAAGGUAAAACAUGUUUGUACAUGUGCUUUCUUGGUCUUAAUAAACAUAUAAGAUGUG